CGCCUCAGAAUUUUCAGAAUUCUAUUUUUGCCCGCCGCCCCGCCUAAACGCUCGCACGUUUCCCCUCCCGAAUUUUUAAUUUUUAAACCCACGUCGCCGAAAAGCCGAAACCCUCGUGCUCGAUCCCGCCGGGUUUCAGGUCAGAGGCGACGGAGCGGCCAGUGAACCGCCGCUUCCUCCCCCCUCCAGUUCGAAUUCGCGCUUUGGCGGCCACCGCUCCUCCUCCCCCGCCGCCUCGAUCCGUUCCCCAUUUCCCCUCCUCCCCCGUCGCCGCCCAAGACCGAACCCUAGGAGCCGGAGCCCGCCGCCGCCGACGACGAUGGCCGACAAGGAGAAUGCCGCCCCGGCCGCAGCCGCGGGGCCACGGCUCACCCGGGCCGCGGCCAAGCGCGCCGCUGAGACCGAGGCCGCGGCCGGCGGCGCCGCCAAGCGGAAGCGCGUGGCACUCGGGGAGCUCCCCACCCUCUCCAACGCCGGCGUCCUCCGCGCGCCCUCCCACCCCGUCAAGCCCUCCAAGCCCGCCAGGCGCAGCGCGGGGGAGGCCCGUAAGCCCGCCGCCGCCUCCGCCGCAGCUGCCGAGGCCCGCCGCUCCGCCAUGACAGACUCCAACUCCUCCUCGUCCUCUUCCCCGCUGCGCGCCCCCGCCGCAGCUGAGGCCGACCGCUCCGCUUCGUCCUCCCCGCCUCGCGCCGCCGCCGCCGCCGAUGCGGCAUCCGGCGAUCCCCAACUCUGCGGGUCCUACGCCUCCGACAUCUACACCUACCUCCGCUCCCUUGAGCUGGAGCCACGGCGGCGGCCAAGAGCGGACUACAUUGAGGCGGUGCAGGUGGACGUCACGGCCAACAUGCGCACCAUCCUCGUCGACUGGCUCGUCGAGGUCGCCGAGGAGUACAAGCUAGUGGCUGACACGCUCUACCUCGCCGUUUCCUACAUCGACCGCUUCCUCUCUGCCAAUGCACUCAGCCGCGACAAGCUGCAGCUCCUUGGCGUCGCAGCCACGCUCAUCGCUGCGAAGUACGAGGAGAUCAGCCCGCCGCACGUGGAGGAUUUCUGCUACAUCACAGACAACACCUACACCAAGCAGGAGCUUGUCAAGAUGGAGAGCAACAUACUCAAGCUCCUCAAGUUCGAGUUGGGCAAUCCUACCAUCAAGACCUUCCUAAGGCGGUUCACGAGAUCUUCCCUUGAGGACAAAAAGCGCUCUAUCUUGUUAUUGGAGUUCUUGGGGAGUUACCUUGCUGAGCUGAGUCUACUGGACUAUGGCUGUCUCCGGUUCGUGCCAUCAGUGGUUGCUGCUUCAGCAGUGUUCGUUGCUAGGCUGACCAUUGAUCCAGACACCAAUCCUUGGAGCAAGAAAUUGCAAAAGGUGACAGGCUACAAGGUUUCAGAUCUGAAGGAUUGCAUCAGAGCCAUACAUGACUUGCAGCUCAAUAGGAGAUGCUCAUCAUCAACGGCAGUUCGAGACAAGUACAAGCAACACAAGUUCAAAUGUGUAUCAACGCUGCUUCCUCCUGUUGUGAUCCCUACUUCAUACCUCAAAGACCUGUCAGAGUAGCAUUUCUUGGACUGCGCCACUGUAAGGCAAACAAUCUGAGCUCUCUUGAGCUCUUAGGGAUAGGGGAGAACUACUGUCAAGGAGCUGCUUCUUAGUGACGUAGGGUGCUGAAAGCUAUUUAGAUGCUGGGGGUUCAUUUAGGAGUCACUGAAUCACUAUUAGGAGCCAGGCAUUCUUUUGUUUUGUGAAUUGUACUUUUGUAUCAUAUCUUAGAACGUGUUGCGUUGGCCUGUUGGCCACAAAUUUGUAAUGUUCGAUAUGUUAGAUCAUUCCAACCAUAUUUCUUUCAUUUCGUUCCCUCUU